UCGCCAUUUUUUCGGUCUCGUACUCGCACUUCUGGUGGCUCGGGUGAGGGGGGGGACGAGCGCGAUACAAGGGGAAAGUAUAAAAAUACAGAUCCGUUAAGCUCCGGGGAUCCCAGGCAGGAAGCACAGCGGAGCGGUACCGGAGAUGCCCGGGCAGGACACGGAGAGCCGCUGCCGUGAAACCUCUUUUUUGUGUGUGAAGACGUGUUGCGAGCCGCCAUUUUUUUGCUGUGCUGCCUCAAAAGUCUGCUCCGACUCGAGGAAGGGGAUUCAGAAACGCGUUUCCCUGACGUGUACCGUAUCGUAAGAUCCAGAAGAUACAAACUAACCAUUUUGUUUCCGACCCGUGGCUACGAGCGACUUUUUUCUUUCUUUUUUUGUUCUCUUCCGCCGACAUGAGGAUUUAUCAGAUGAAACACUGAGGGCACCUUUUCCGUUUCUCUUCACUGACACUGGAGGAUAUACAACUAUAAGAAGAAACACCCCAACGAAAAGGGGAAGCUUCAUUUAUCAGUGUUGCUUCGCUCUCUGUCGUAAGUUUUCUUAGUGUUUUUUAGUGUUUUUGGCCGCUUAAAAACAUAAAACACAUCCCUUUGAGCAGCCAGUGACUGCUGAACACAGGACCCACAGUAUGAGCCAGAGUCUGUGAACACAUCGAGAGGUUUCGUGUUUUUAAAGAGGUCUCCUGCAGCAUUAUUGCGCCCUGCCCUGCAUCUCCUAAACCCUCCUUAGCUGUGAUUGGCUAAUUCCCAACGCACGCAGUACGCGCUUUAACUUAUUGUCUUGUUUUUAAUGUAAUGUUUUUUUCUUAUUUUUAAGACUGAUAUUAACUUAUUUUUUCAAACAGUAGAAAGAAAAAAAAAAAAAAAAAAUGUCGACUGCUCGGUUCGAUUCGGCCGAUCGGUCCGCCUGGUAUUUUGGACCGGUUUCGCGACAGGAGGCACAGAACCGGUUACAAGGACAGAGACACGGCAUGUUCCUGGUUCGAGACUCGUCGACCUGCCCGGGUGACUACGUGCUCUCAGUGUCUGAGAACUCCAAAGUGUCUCACUAUAUCAUCAACUCUUUGCCCAGCAAGAGGUUCAAGAUAGGCGACCAAGAGUUUGAGCACCUCCCUGCUCUCCUGGAGUUCUACAAAAUCCACUACCUGGACACCACCACGCUCAUAGAGCCAGCUCCCAGGUACCCAAGCACAGUGAGUGGUCCUAUCCAGCCCACGGGAGGCCAAGAGGAGAACCUGGAGUAUGUGCGGACUCUAUAUGACUUCACUGGCAGCGAUGCAGAGGACCUUCCCUUCAAGAAGGGGGAGAUCCUUAUCAUCCUGGAGAAGCCAGAGGAGCAGUGGUGGAGCGCCAAGAGUAAAGAGGGACGUGUCGGGAUGAUCCCUGUGCCCUACGUGGAGAAAUUGGUACGACCUUCACCUCAUCCUGGCCAGCCUUCCCAUGGAUCUCGCAACUCCAACAGCUACGGGAUCCCCGAGCCCUCCCACGCCCUCGUCCACGCCUAUGCCCAGCCCCAGACACCAUCGCCAUUGCCCCCUGGAACGCCCGGAGCAGUUAUCAGCCCUCUACCGUCCGUGCAGAACGGCCCUGUCAUGGCGAAGGCCAUCCAGAAACGAGUGCCGUGCGCCUAUGACAAAACAGCUCUUGCUUUAGAGGUUGGUGACAUCGUCAUGGUUACACGGAUGAACAUCAGCGGUCAGUGGGAGGGAGAGGUAAAUGGACGGAGGGGUCUCUUCCCAUUCACCCACGUCAAAAUCAUAGACCCCCAGAACCCGGAUGAGAGUGACUGACCCCAGAGUUCGUGGGACCAUCUCGUCAGUAUUUCCUGUAGCUGAAUCUGCUGGCUGUGUCCACCUUUCCCGCCAGUGUCACCACGGUUACGUGCUUGCCUGCUUGGGGCUGUACCAUGAUAGCGACCCCUCUGUUGUUGCCAACCGUUGCAAGGCUUUCUGACUGUUUACAGCUUUGGACGUCGGUUCCAAACUAAAAACCUGACCCCUCUUCUCCCUCUUCCCUUUCCCAUGACUUGGCUCCAGACUGGGCAGUGUUUUUUGCAUUAGUGUCUUUUUCAUUUACAGAUCACUGGGCAUCAGUGUGAGUGUGAGUGUGAGUGUGAGUGUGAGUGUGAGUGUGAGUGUGAGUGUGAGUGUGAGUGUGAGUGUGGGAUCACAAUAGAUAUUUACCACAUUACAUCACAACAUGUUAGUUUUUUUUGAUUUUUCAGAAUAUUUGUAAUGUUUGAAGUCUUGGGGACUUAAGAAAGUGUUGGUGUGUGUGUGUGUGUGUGUGUGUGUGUGUUUGUUUUGUUGAUGUGAGGAUAUUUGUGCAAAGUAGGGAACAGCAAUAUCCCUAUGGACUUUGGAGAGCACUGAGGCAACGAGGAGCUAACCAGCCAGUCAAAUGUUAUUUCUCCAAAACAAUCAAGUCACUGUUGUACCUUAACCAUCUCACAAACACACACACACACACACACACACACACACACACACACACACACACACACACACACACACACACACACACACACACACACACACACACACACACACACACACUCAUGUAUUGGCCAGGAGUUAUUCAGGUUGACAGGUUUUUUUUAUGUGUAUGUGAUGUGUGACUGGCGUCAGAAGAGAGAGAGGUUUGUGGAAGCUCUAGGUUGUUCCUUGACAUUACAGAUCCCAUCCACUCUUCAACCUGGCACAUGUCUGGCUGACAAUACUUAUUUAUAUUUUGUUAAUAAGACAUGACACGGCCAUAAGUGAUUUCAUCCUUUUUCUUAUUUGUGCCACAUGAUCAAAUAUAGUUGUUUUUUUUCUUUUCUUUUUUUGUUUUUUUUUUUUGUGUGACAUCGAAAAGAUGUAUGGUAGAGGGGAAACUCUGCAUGUCCACUUGGUACCUCUCUUUACUGUCCUUAACACCAUUAUGAACUAAAAGGACAUUGCUUAGAGAUUAGUAGGUUUUAAGAGCAAACGGCACCGAGCACUAGAAGAUCUAUUUCAACUUUCUGCAUAGGAGUGCCAUGCUUUGAACAGGUUUUUCCAAAAAGUCAAGUAGCAACGGCAGUGGCCCUGGCCAGCACUUUCCAGGAGCAUCUGACUAAACGGCUGAAGGCUUUCCACUGAGCUGAGAGUCUCUACUUUCAGUGGCACAGGUCAGGGAAGGAGGUGAUAUUUCAGCAAGCCAAUGAGAAUCCCCAAUGCCUUUUCCCAGAGAGUAAGAUAAAUGCAUCUUUUAGCGCAUGCAAUGCUCUCUGCCAAAAAUGUGUUUCUGAUGCAGUGUUGCUCCUGUCAGUUCCCUGUUUCUUAGAUAUUUGGUCUGUUUUAAUAUUUGUGUCUUUAUGCUACCUGUCAGAGUAGUGGGAAAGCAUCUUUGUUCCUACUGUGCUGCAAUCAACCCGGCCAGUAGGAGCAGCCAAUUAGGCAGUUGUGCAUACAGUGCCAACCCCUACGUUUCUGCUGUAAAAAAAAAUGACCCCCCCCCCCCCAUCUCAUCUCUCCGCCUAGUGCUUUCCCUUCAAAUCAGUGCUCAGCCAUUCACUCAGAGUAAUAUUGUGCAGCUUUUAGUUGUAUCCCAAUUUUAAUUUUAAUUUUGCCAGUUUAUAGUCCGCUAUUAAAUUGAGCAUUUUCUUAAAAUGAUCGAUGUUAAUAAACUUAAGUAUCUACGGUGACAUUUACAAAAGGGAAAAAAAAAAUGCCUGCUGGUUGCCUCCGUGCAUGAUCUCUUGGCCGGGGAAAUGGUUCUGCCUGGCCAAAUGCUGCUUAAUGUCCUUUUUAUCCGUAUUAAAUCAAGGUUUAUCUCGUUUUAAUCCCUCCUGGUCCAUGCAAACAAGCCAGUGUGGGAUUUCUUUUUUUUCAUCAAACUUAAUGAAAUCUACUAAUUAAGCAAUACACCCUGAUUUAAUUCCUUCGUUGAGGUGAACAUGCUUUUUCUCAUGCUUCUGAGUUGUUUUGUAAUGGCAUUAACAGUAUUACUGUGCUCUCUUCUCAUAUUCUAGACAAGCCUGUCUUUUACUUAAAAAUUGAAAAUUGUGCCUUUUUAUUUUCUUAUACCAUUGACAUGUGUUAAUAUUUCCCAUGGUUAACACCUGUGCUGGUAUUGACCCUUUAUGUACAGAACAAGUAAAUAAAAUUUACGUCUACUUC